CUCUCUCUUCCUUCCUUUAAGCCAAGAGCUCUUCACAGAUGAUUCGCCACUCCCACACUCAACCUGCAAAGCCAGCCACUGAAGCAUCUGAUAGAGCCCAUACUGAAUACUUGGGCCACAUCAGAAGUCCCCAGCUAUCUCCUGUACUCUGGGAUUCGUGGGGGAUGUUAGCCUGCCUGUGCACGGUGCUCUGGCACCUUCCUGCAGUGCCAGCUCUCAAUCGCACAGGAGACCCAGGGCCUGGACCCUCCAUCCAAAAAACCUAUGACCUCACCCGUUACCUGGAGCACCAACUCCGCAGCUUAGCUGGGACCUACCUGAACUACUUGGGGCCCCCUUUCAACGAGCCUGACUUCAACCCUCCUCGGCUGGGGGCAGACACUCUGCCCCGGGCCACUGUCAACUUGGAAGUGUGGCAAAGCCUCAAUGACAAACUACGGCUGACCCAGAACUAUGAGGCCUAUAGCCACCUCCUGUGUUACUUGCGUGCCCUCAACCGUCAGGCUGCCACAGCUGAGCUACGGCGCAGCUUGGCCCAUUUCUGCACCAGCCUCCAGGGCCUGCUGGGCAGCAUCGCAGGCGUCAUGGCAGCUCUGGGCUACCCACUGCCCCAGCCUCUGCCAGGGACUGAGUUGACCUGGGCCCCUGGCCCUGCCCACAGCGACUUCCUCCAGAAGAUGGAUGACUUCUGGCUGCUGAAGGAGCUGCAGACCUGGCUGUGGCGUUCGGCCAAGGACUUCAACCGGCUUAAGAAGAAGAUGCAACCUCCAGCAGCUGCAGUCACCCUGCACCUGGAGGCCCAUGGCUUCUGAUCUCUAACCCUCACCCCAAAUCCCAUCACCUGUGCUCCAAUUCUGGGAGCAGGUUCCUGAAUGCCAACACCUAUUGAGCCGGGAGACAGUGAGAGCUCUGGCCCUCCAUGAUCUUGACUGAAGGUGUGGUCAGAGCACCCUGUCCCCUGCCUAGUUCCCAGAGUCCCAUGGGUCUGGGGAAAAGAUGCAGUGAGUGCCAUCCCAUUUCCACAGUAACACUUUAAAGGAGUGGAAUGGCUUGAGUGAGUGCAAGGGUUCUCCCCACCUCCUGCUUCCUGCCCACCACCUGCCAGUGCCCACCUAGUUCCUCAUGUGGCACUUGCAGAAGCAUUCCUGGAGGGCACCAGGUGAGCACUACCAUAUCAUGUGCCUUUCUGGGAUAAAGAAAGCCCUCAGCUGCCCCCCUUUCCUUGGAUGGGUGAUGUUCCCCUACCCCGAUAACUCUACAUGUCCAGUUCAGGAGACAAACAUGGCGAUCACAUCAGUGAAUCUAAACUAGAAGAGUGAGAUGAAAAGUGGAUGGGGUGGGGUCUACAUUAGACAUGGUCUAGAAACCAGAAGAGGUAAUACUGAAAGAGAGGUGCAGGGGCAGACCAGACCCAGCAGUCACCAAGGUAAUUAGUGGCGUUUGGUGGCAAACCAAAGCCAUGUUGAGUAUCAGGACCUUGCCUCAGAUUUUCUUGCCGGCAUCGCGGUGCCUCCUCUCUACCCCUUUUUCUGGGGUAUCUGUGGUUGCCUGGGCUGGGGAGGGCAGCCACAGCCACAGGGCUUCCUGAAAGUUUACAUUGCAGUAGCAUUGUGGGGUGAGGGGGCUAGUUGCCCCAGGCCCUAUCCCUAGCCCCACCCACUCAUGACUCUAAGUUUGUUGUAUUAAUAUUUAUUUA